AUGGAUUAAGCACAAGAAGAUAAUUCUCAGGGAUUUCAAAAUGAAAAACAAGAAGAACCCACUCUUGAAUAAUAAAUAGUAUAAACUGCAGAAUAUCCAAAUUCUCCAAUUGAGAUAGCCAUCACUGAUGCUAUAACAAAGGAUGGUGGAUUGGGAAUUAAAUAUACUGUGUAUUUGAUAAAGGGAUUGGAUAAUUAAGGAAGCUUUGAAGUUUUCAGAAGAUACAAUGACUUUUAUGAACUGAGAGUAGCUUUAAUAAAAAAGUGGCCUGGAUGCUAUAUUCCUCCAAUUCCUGAAAAAUUGUUAGGUAGUGGAAAUGACGCUGAGAUUGUCCAGAUUAGAAAACGUUUGAUGGAAAUAUUUUUAAAUGUCCUAACUGAAUUGCCAUACAUCUAUUAUUCUGAAGAUAUUCAAUAGUUAUUUUUGAGAUCUACAAACACAGAAAUAAACAAAGUAUUUUAAUAAUAAAAGUAAGUUACAUCAGCUGACAUCAUUGAUAGAUUCAAGAGAGCAUUUCCCAACUUAGAUGUUAGGGAUUCCUCAAAUAGUGAGUAUAUGCUGUAAAUAAGUACAUUCUAAGGACAAUUGAAAAAGUCAUAAGUUCAUUUGAAAUAGUACAUAGAGCAAUCUUAAGUAGUGGCUCAGACAAGAAAAUAAAUUUAAAAUGAAAAAUUGAACUUAUUUUUUGGAUCAUUGCCACUCUAUGAAAAGGUGAACUUGACAGAAUACGUAUAUGGUAAAGAGAACCUCCUUAUAUUAAGUAAUCCUUAGAACAUUGAACCUUUAACUAAAUUAUUGGAUUAACUUAAAGAAGUCUAUAAAAAAUUUAAUAGUCUAGACAACAUCACAGAUUUAUUUAGAUUCGAGUUAAAGGAUGCAGAAUCAAUUUAGUAGUCAUUGACAUAUAGAGAUUAGUUGCUUAUAUAAAGAGCAAAUCAAGAAUAGAAAAUGAGGGAAGAUUAAGCUGAAUUGGCCAAAAUUGCAGCGGGUAAGCAAACACUUACAACAAUUACCAAUUCUGUGUUCAAUAAAGCUAAGGAUCAAUCUUAAGUAAAGGUGGAAUAGAAGAUAUCUGAAGGCCAAUAAGAAAUUGAGAGGCUGUCGUAAUUGUAUAACAUUACUACGGCAAUCAUUGCAACUAAGGAAAUACAAAAGUAUAGAAAGACCAGAAUAAAUCACUAUCACAAGUUUUUGAGACAAGUUCAAAAUCAAGAAUAAUAGGUGUAUGAGUGUGAGAAUGAAUUACUUUAAAAAAUAGUCGAGGAAUGUGAAAGGUUAUCGGAAUAAUAAAAUAUUUAAUCGUGAAGAAAUUCUAUUUAUAUUUUGUUAAUCGUUUUAUUAGAUUAUAAUUUAGUAACAUAAAAAAUAAAA